UUCACUCCGAGGUUUCAUUGGAAGACAAACUCGAAGAUAUUUUAGCGCAGUUUUUAUUCACAAGUCAGAGUCCCUCUUUUAUUAUUAAUUGCCACUCUCAAAGGAAAAACUCUCAACACUUUGACAAUGUCUGCCUUUAACAAAGGUCCGGCUUAUGGGUUAUCCGCAGAAGUGAAAAACUAGAUCGCACAGAAGUAUGACCCUCAGAAGGAAGAGGAGCUCAGGAUCUGGAUUGAAGAAAUCACCGGCGCUUCCAUCGGCCCCGACUUCCAGAAAGGCCUGAAAAAUGGAGUCAUUUUGUGCGAACUUAUUAACAAACUGCAGCCAGGCUCUGUGAAAAAGAUCAACCAGUCGGCGCUGAACUGGCAUCAGCUGGAGAACCUGACAAACUUCAUCAAAGCCAUCACAGCGUACGGCUUGAAGCCUCACGAUAUCUUCGAAGCCAACGAUCUUGAGAACGGCAACAUGACGCAGGUCCAGACGACUCUGCUCGCCCUCGCUAGCAUGGUGAGUCUCUUAACAACACAAGGGUGCCAGUCGCGGGUUGACAUCGGAGUGAAAUAUGCUGACAAGCAGCAGAGGAUGUUUGACGACGAGAAGAUGAAGGCUGGACAGUGUGUCAUUGGCCUGCAGAUGGGGACCAACAAGUGUGCCAGUCAGGCAGGUAUGAGUGCCUAUGGCACCAGGAGGCAUUUAUAUGAUCCCAAAGCUCCAGUCCAGGCCCCCAUGGACAACACAACCAUCAGUCUGCAGAUGGGAACCAACAAAGGGGCGAGUCAGGCUGGGAUGACGGCUCCAGGGACAAGGCGUGCCAUUUACGACCAGAAGCUGGGCACAGAAAAGUGUGACAACAGCACCAUGUCUCUACAGAUGGGAUACAGAGAAGGAGCCAACCAGAGCGGGCAGAACUUCGGCUUGGGGCGGCAGAUCUAUGAUGCCAAAUACUGUCCCAAAGCUACCGAGAUUCCAGGUGAUGAAAAUGGAGCAGGUGGCCCCCGUGACUAUCCAGAUUACCAAGAUGAGGGCUACCAAGGCUACCAGGAAGAGGAGCAGGUGUACCAAGAUGAUGGGACAGAUUACUAAGAGGUUGGAGAGAGCUGAGGAAGGGAAAGUAGGAUUGUAUAAGAAUGGCAAGUUCUGCACGAGAAAACUCAAGACAGAAAGGUGUUUUUUUUUUUUUUUUUUU